AUGAUGAAUGAUAUCUGCUAUGCGUUUCCUGCUGGCGAUGAAAGCGAUGGGAGUAGUGACGAAUGGGACAUUGGAAAUUCUAAUAGCAGAAAAGCGUGCGCUGAGUUCAGUGAAGUCCAGGUAAACGGAGACGAUAAAGUGUCCACGUUGAAGAGAGCCAUUACUGCAGGAGAUGUCGACAUGGUGCGCGAGUUAUUGGAUGGUGGUCUGGACGUGGAGACUCGGCUUGGCUUUGGCUGGACUCCUCUCAUGUGUGCUGUCCAUGUGGCCAACUUUGAGCUGGCUGAGCUACUUCUGGAUCAUGGAGCAAGUGCAAACUUUAGCAGAGACCACUAUACAGUUCUGAUGGCUGCUUGCACUGCAGCGUCUGCUUCAGAAGAGAUGAUCUCCAAGUGUGUGGCUCUGCUGCUCAGUCGCAAUGCUGACCCAAAUGUCUGCAACAAGAGCAGUAUGACGUGUUUGAUGCUCGCUUCCAGAUACGGCUAUAGUCAAGUCAUAAACCUGCUGGCGUCACACGGAGCAGCACUGAACUAUCAGAAUGAUAAUGGACAAACGGCCCUCAUUAUCGCAGUGCAGUACGGACAUGAAACGGCUGUGCUGAAACUGCUUCAACUAGGAGCGGAUAAGUUUAUGAAAACCAAAACAGGGAAGAUGGCAGCCGACAUGGCAAAAGUGUUCAAUUAUCCAGAGAUCGCCAGGAUCCUUCAAAGUCCAGAGCUCCCAACUUUAAAUGGCCAUGGACUGUCUAAAACUGAUGCCCUGUGUCAAUUUCUCAAUCAAAACCCUGAUCGCCCCUCUGCCUGUAAAGAGAGUUCCUCUAAGCUGAGUGAUAUUGAGCUUCUGCUGCACGGUCUGAAUCUGGAUCAUCUCUCAGGCAUUAUGGUGGAACAAAAUGUCACUUGGAGCGACCUGUUGAUCAUGGAUAAGAGGGAUCUGGAAAAGAUCGGCGUAACUCAUCCUGUGGAUCAGAAGCAGAUUCUCAGUGCCAUGGAGCAGAUGCAGCUUGAUAAAGUAGAUCUGGACACCCUGACGCCUCUUAAUAACAUAGACAGCGGGAGCGAAGAUUUCCUCAACUUUCUGAUCAGCCUGAAACAGCAGUGCACUUAUUUGACAGAAGCUUUGCAGGACGUCAUCAGCAGGUUCCCACGUAGCCCCUCUGAGGUUGUUCUUACAUGCGAUCCCAAGAGAGAGGCUCAAGCCCUUUGCACUGAGAUAGUAACUCAGACAGGAGACCUCCAGAAAGAGAUACUCUGUCUUAAGACCCUGCUCAGUAAGAUGGAUCACACAGAAUACACCUUUCUGCCUUUUCAACUAAACUCCAGCACUGGUCUGAAAGCAAAGGCCCACAAGAAGUUUGCUUUGCUGCUUGGAUUCGGAGGACUGUUUGGAGUAGGGCUGAUACUUGUGUUGUCACAAACCAAAAAAAUCAGCUAUUUUUGAGAUUAUGCAUUUCAUAGA